AGGAGAAGGCGAAGGGAGGGACAAAAAUAAACAUAAACAAAAACACGGGGAGGGAGAAGGAACAGCUGACGUCAUUCCAAGAUGGCGGCGCCCAUGGCUCGAUUGUUUACAUCCGGCCUGCUUGAAAGAAUACCUGUUUAUAAUGGAUUUCUCAUGCAGGGCGCAGCGGCAGGCCUCCACACGACGGCCACCACACACAAGUACCCCAACUGGAAGAUGAUCAAGGAGGUGAAGCACAGGAAGCUGGUGAAGGAGUACGCCUUUGAACGCAUCAACAUCAACGCCUUGAGGAAGAACAAGAUCCUGCCCGCUGAACUGCAGGAGAUUGCUGACAAGGAGAUCGCAGACUUGCCCAGGAAGUCCAGCAUCUCACAGCUCCACAAACGCUGCAUGCUGACCUCCCGCCCCAGAGGCCUUGUGACCCGUUGGCGACUCUCACGAAUUGUCUGGCGUAACGAGGCGGACUACAACAAGCUUUCGGGAAUACAGCGGGCUAUGUGGUGAUGCGUGAUGCAGCCUCGCUUGCUCUCUGGGCGUCUGUCAUCCCCUGGUUUGGUUAUCAUUGUGGUAAAUUAAACCCUCUGUGUUGUAAAUAAAGCACCGUUCUCGUUCAUCGCAUUUUCCGUUGGCUUUUGUUAUUAAAGGAAAUGGAUAAGAUAGAUAUAAGGAAAGAAUUUGAUGGGAAAGUAAUGUAAAAGUGCGAAAAAGAGAGUAAAAGAAGUGACACAU